CGACACGCAAUCCGGGAAAGCUAGUACGUUCUCGCCGUCCCUCCCCUCCUUCGUCGAGGGGCACCCAAGAUAGUUCCCAUCCGAGGCGACGCCCAGCUAACCACGGCGCGAUCGCAGACCUCCCCGAGAUCUCCCACCAACGCCUCGUCAGGCCCCUCUUCUCCAAGGUCAACCAGACCGAGAUGCGCGACGUGCUCGAGCACAUGACGAGCUUCUACAACCGCUACUACGGCGGGCCGACCGGCGAGGAGAGCUCCGUCUGGCUGCACGACCACAUCGCCGGCAUCAUCGCGGCGUCGCCGCUGCACGCGCACAUCUCGCUCGAGUACUUCACCCACGAGUUCCCGCAGUCGUCCAUCAUCGCCCGGUUCGAGCCCAAGGUGCGCGACUUUUCCAAGCCGCUGACCAUCAUCGGCGCGCACCAGGACUCGGCCAACUACCUGUUCCCCCUGCUGCCGGCGCCGGGCGCCGACGACGACUGCUCCGGCACCGUGAGCAUCCUCGAGGCGUUCCGCGUGCUGGCGACGAGCGGCUACGUCCCGAAGGAGGGGCCCGUCGAGUUCCAUUGGUACGCGGCCGAGGAGGGCGGCCUGCUGGGCAGCCAGGCGGUGGCGGCGUACAAGAAGAAGGAGGGCGCCAACAUCGGCGCCAUGCUCGAGUUCGACAUGACGGCCUUCGUCGCGCGCAACGCCACCGAGUCCAUCGGCUUCAUCAAGACCGACGCCGACGCGCCGCUGACCGAGUGGGCCGUGGCCCUGGGCGAGGAGUACGUCAACAUCACGACGAGCGUCUACGAGCUGAUGCCCGGCGCCGGGUCCGACUACAUGUCGUACACGAAGCUCGGGUUCCCCGCCGCCUUUGCCUCGGAGGGCAACCCCGUGGCCGGCGGCUUCCCGGGCGAGUUCGACCCGUACGUCCACACGGACAAGGACACCAUGUGGGUGGACGACGAGACGGGCGUCUUCUCCAUCGACCACAUGGCGAGGUUCUCCGAGCUGGCCAUUGCCUUUGCGGUCGAGCAGUCUGGCUGGGACAACAAGUGGAGGUAAAGGGUGCGUGUGUGGCUGUUCUCCAAUGCAAACCUCUCUCUCUCUCUCUCUCUCUCUCUCACGAAUGGCUCUUUUUGUUCUCUUACCUCGGUGGCGUGUGUGGGCGGGAAACCAUACUGGGCCAUUGCCAGUCAUGUAAUGUGCGUGUAAUGCUCGGCGAAGCAUCAGACGAUGCUGCAUCGCUUCCGGCCAACGACCCAUGUGAACCUCGUCCAUCAGCGGGGGUCGUACAUGUAGCUUUAACGCAACCCCAAGUUCCGUUCUCUUCUCUUCGCAUCUGACGCUAAGUAUCGCGUGCCGCCAAUGACAAAUGCGGGGAUUCGAUUACAAAUGGCCGCAGUCGUAUAUACACCGCCCAAACUGUCCAGUCGUGCAAGACUCUCUCUCUCUCUCUCUCUCUC